AUGUUCCGAGUACUGUUCUUGAUUGCUUUGGUUCCGGCUCUUGUGUACGGUAAUGUGAGCCGUGCUUGCACCGGAGGUCGUGCACAGCCGCUAAGCGUGGCCAUUGAGGGAUGCAGUGCGGCUCCCUGCAACCUGGUCCGGGGGCAGGAUGUGAUCGCUUACAUUGAUUUUACUGCCGAUCGUGCCAUUACAUCGAUGACUACGGUAGCCACUGCUACCGCGCUCGGAGUGGUAACGAACUAUCCAUUGGGCUCGAACGCCGUCACCUGCAACUUCCUGCAGGGCAGUAGCUGUCCAUUGUCCGCCAACGAGGAUGUCACCUACCGCUUAACCAUGCCAAUUCUGUCAAUCUACCCGCUAGUUAGCCUUAGUAUUGAGAUCGAUGUGGUGGACCAGAACACUAACUCCGUUACGUGUUUCGUAGUGGAUGCGCAGGUUGUCACUGCCACGAAUUGAGG